AUGGAUAUUGACUUAGAGGGAAUUGAUACACAGCCAGUGAAAAAGCCAAUAUUUAAGAAAAAAAGGAUACUAGGUAGAGAUAAAAGGAUCAAGGCUGGCCAUGGGAGCCACGACACCUCUGAUAAUGAUACAGGAAACGACGAUGUGAGCGAUGAACAACUAGGGGCCGAACUUAAAGAUAAAUUAAAGCCCUUAUCCAACUGGAAAAGAGCAGGUGGGUUCAGGACGUUGAAAAAGUUGAAAGUGGACCAUUUUAGUUCUGAACCAAGGGCCAUCUCCAAUGACUCAGCUGCUGUAGUAAACGAUGAUAUGGAUCUGGAUUCGGGACUGCAUACAAUGGUGCUGGCACCACUGCUCUUGCUGCUGCAUAUAAGCCCGCUUCCCAUUGCUAACAGCAUUGAAGAGGAUCCGGGGACCCAAUUCAAUAUACAAGAGAGGGUUUUUGCUCCUCCUGCUGACAUAUACGAUCUUGAUCUACCUAUUGAUCAAGAGGACGAGGGCGGAGAAAGGGAGGGAACUGGCGUGGAGAACGCUAAUCUUGUCAUAAAACCGCUUCUGGAGCAAAUAGAAUUUCUUCAAGACCACAUUUUUGUUUUGAAAGACAAGCAGUCUGAUGCUGAAUCCAAGAUCAGCAAUUUGAGAAGCCGAAUUAUAGAAGUUAAAGCAAAGAAACUAGAAGUAUUGAAAGUGUUCCAGAGUUAG